AUGUCCAGCUCUGCAAUCUCUCAUCUUGAUACACUACGGUCCUCGGAUGUCUCACAGCUUAUUGGGAAUCAUUCACUAGAAUUGAUUCUUAUGGUUCUGGGAGCUCUAGGCAUUAGAACCUUCUACAAAAUUGCUAAAAGGUCAAACGUGUUCAGCAAUUUAGAUGGGCCAGCAUCUGAAUCAUUUCUGUGGGGAAAUGAAAAGUUGAUGUUUAAUUUUGAACGUUCCUCGACCAUACAAGAAGAAUCAUUGACUGAACAUGGUCUCGUUUGUAGAAUAAAGUCUAUCCUCAGGGAAGACAGACUAUGGGUUGCUGACCCACGAGCAAUGCAUGAGAUUCUACAGAAGGCUUAUGACCAUUUUCAUGAGCCUCCAUCGGUACUUGCAUGGCUCCAAAUUACACUGGGUAACAACACCGUAUCUACAGCUGGUUCUAAGCACAAAGUACAACGCAAGAUCCUAAAUCCGCCUUCAAUUGCGACUUACCAUCAGAUUUCAGUGAUGCCGGUAUUCACGGAAAUUGCGUACCAAGUCGAAGGCAUUAUAGCUAGAAAAGCACGGGAAAACGAAAGUAACAGUAGAGUAGUGGAUCUCGCCUCCUGGAUGAGCAAUGUGUCUUUGGAAUCGAUUGGUCAAGCAGGGAUGGGGCACCGAUUUGGAGCGAUGGAAAAGGGCCAAAUCGAAUUUCUUCAAGCUUCACAUCAGCUGCUGAUGUGGUAUCUUCAUCCCUUUAUAGCGACCCUCAUCAAGCUAAGACCCGCUUGCUUUCGCCGGUUCGUUGUUGACCGCUUGCCAUUUGGCCCGGCACAGGCACUCAAAAACUCAACUGAUGUUGUCGAUCACACCGCCAACACCAUAUAUAAGAAGAGAAAGAGUGCGUUUGAGAAUGGGACGUUGGACUCAGAGAUUGCUGCUGGUAACGAUGUUGUUUCGAUGCUACUCAAACAGAGCGAAACACUGUCUGGGGAAGAACAAAUGACCGAGGAAGAACUUAUUGCUCAAGUGAAUGGACUAGUGUUUGCUGGACACGACACUACAAGCAGUGCGCUGGCAAGAACCCUCCACUUCCUCACACAGUAUCCGGAUGUACAGGAUCAAUUGCGCAAGGAGGUUCAAGAAGCUCAUCGCCAACACGGCAAGGAUCUCGAUUAUGACCAGCUCAACUCGCUCCAGUAUUUGGACGCCGUGUGUCGUGAGUCCCUGCGCCUGGCGGCUCCCGUUCAACGCAUACAGCGUGUCGCAGGCGCGGACUGGAGUCUCCCACUUCAGCAUCCGGUCAAGGCCAAGGAUGGAAGGACUGAGCUUAGUAGUAUACACGUGCCAAAAGGGACACAUAUUUACUUAUCGAUCGGUGCUAUCAAUCGAGACAAGGAACUGUGGGGGGAAGAUGCAUCAGAGUUCAAACCCUCGCGCUGGUUACAACCUUUGCCAAAUAGUCUGUCUGAAUCCAAGAUUCCUGGGGUUUACUCGAAUACAAUGGCGUUCUCAGGGGGACCUCGGGCAUGCCUUGGGCUCAAAUUCACCCAGAUUGAGAUGACUAUGACCACGUUGGCGAAUCUGCAAAAGAAACUUAGUCGAGCGCUCAAGGAUGUAGCUGGAGUCAAGGGGACAGGGAUGGUGCCUGCCAAUGCGAUGCAAGCGAGUGCUGUAUUAUUCGAAGCGCUUGGAGAGGUCGACGGGAAACUGGCUAAGCUCGCGGAAAAAGAAUACGAUCACUUGAGCUCCGAAGUCCGAAAACAUUUUAAGAAAAUGGCUAAAGAGGAAAAAGCUCAUGACGAAAUGACUUUUAAUACCAAUGUUCGGCUUAAGCAAGCAUCCUCUGCAUACGACAAAAAAGUUAAAGGAAAGGUUCCAUAUACUGCCGAUGAGCAUGCCAAGCACGUACAUCUUCUUAGCGCCCUGGGCAAUGAAAUGGCCACCGCCAAACUGGCGCACGAAACUCAGAUUUCCCAGAGACAUAUUGCAGUUCUGUUCGCGGUUGGUGCUUCAUUGUCACGGGUCGCGGAUGCCUGCUGGACUGGUUCCUGUGAACACGUCAAACGCGCAGGACCUCACAUUGGCAGAAUUGGGCAGUGGAAAUCUUUGUGUGAAGGUGGUUGGGCCGGGGCGGUCCCAGAGGAUCUGCCGGAUAUUGACAAACCUGGGUCAGGCGUGAUCGACAGGCCAAGAUUUGGCGGGUCCCCUAGCAAGGACAAAUACAGCGCGAGCCUGACCGAGACUAUGACUGGGUCCACAAGUCGUUCUCCUCCGCUAAUCUCGCCAUUCCCCAUUACACCGAUUCCAGGAAUGGGACCGCUCAGCACCGGAGGAUACUUCCCGGGUAUGGGCGAAAAUAGCGAUUUGAAGCCUCCAAUUGCACCGUUUUCGAGAGAGGGCCCCUCAGUCUCGGGUAAUGGUCAUCAUUCACCUGGAAUGCCAUCCUCACCAGGCCCACCUCCAUUUGCAACACCUGUCCCCCCCGCCACGCCAAAGCGCAAAGAGUCCCAAUUUCCUCCCCCACCUCAGCACCCCGCCUCUCCAACUAGACCACACGCCGGAUUGCCUCCGCCCUCUCCGGUAAGAAGCAACGUUGGUUUGCCUAACCAACCCGCCGACGGACUCCCACCUUCAACACCCGUGCGACCGUUCACGGACCUCCCAGACUCGAAAGGAUCACCUGUAAGGGCCCCGCCAUCACCCGUGCGAGCAUCUGGGUCCCCAUUUCGGCCCCCCGGCUCCCCAGUGCGAGUCCCAUCGUCUCCAAUUCGCGGGCUUCCUGUCCCCCCGAAUCCUGAACUCGGCCCGGACUUUCACACUCAUAACGCGGUUCCACCAGUAGAUCCUUCACCCGGAACUCCCAGUCCAUCUCCAAAGAAGGGGUGGAGCACAAGCUCGUGGGCUCAAAUCGGGGAUAACAAAAAUGGAGGCCAGCCCCCGUCACAGCCUGAGCCUGAGCCCGAGCAAACCGUUUCGAUCUCUAGGUUCUUGAACGAAAAUAAGGAAAUGGGCAUUGAUGUUGCCGAGCUAGAAGGAGCAGCGAUUCGGGAGAGUGUUGAGAAGAUGGCUGCAGCUGCGGCGGCUGGAGGCGCGUCCUUGACGGAUAAUCAACCGGGCGAGACUAAACCUCUUGUAUUGGGCGGAGGCAAUGGUUGGGGAAACGGGAGUCAGUACGAGCUUGGACCCACGGGAACUUUGAAGAAACUGGUUUUGGACGAGGACCGGCGCCAGAUCUCUGGAGGGCCGCGAGCAAUGCCCGACCCGGCAGGUGCCCGACCUCUGCCACUGGUAGCGGACACGAAAAACCCCGGACGAAAGAGAACCGGGAGCAUCGAAUCGCUGACGAGCAAUGGAACCACGAGUCGGGUGGCGGCUAUGAGGAACAAAUACGAUAACCCUCCACAAUCACCGGGCCUGAAGGAGCGACCGGCGCUCUCGCAUGCAGUUUCGGACAUGAUGAAUGCUGCGCGUUCUCCCGAAAUUGCGCAUGCCACUCCUAGAACGUGGACCCGUCCAAACCCUCCACCUUCGGCCUUUCCUGAACGCGCAGGUCUUAUCUCUCCCUCGCUCGACGACAUUCAUAACCCCAAUGCCGGAAUGAGCUGGAGCGAGCGCGAAUUCCACAAUUUACGUGAACAGCGGGAACGGGAAUGGAAGGCGAGAGAAUAUGCACUUAGUUUGGAACGGCGUGAACUCGAGUUGGAAAGACAGAGGAUUGCGCUUCAUCAACAAUAUCAGCAGUUCACCGGAUCGUCCUCGAACAGCACAGCGAUUAGUGGCACCACCGGAAUCAGUAGUUCUACGGGCACUAGUGGAACUACGAGUACCAGUGGAACUUCGAGUGGGACUGGCAUCACGAGCACGAGCGGUUCGACGGCUAUGAGUGGAGCGACGGCCAUUCUAGGACACCCAGCAUUCGGCCGUCGACCAAGAUCACCGGAGAGCAUCCCGGAUGACACUCGACCGCCCUGGAUGUCCCCUCCCAAAUCUUCAGGUGCUCGGUAUACCUCUCAGCUCCGAGACGAAUCAGACACCGAGUCGACCUCGCCCAGCGGCAAGAAGAGCACGUGGAUGGGACGAGGGCUAAGGCGGUUAAGCAUGCCUUCACCGUUUGCGGAGAAGAAGCCGAUCCAAGUCGUAUCGAUACCUGCGCCUAGGGAGCCCGGGAUCGGGAACAGGAGGAGUUUUGAUGCUGGGCGUUAG